UCUACAGUUCCACCAUACCGUAAUGGUGGUUAUCGUAGUGAAUAUUGACUGACUGCAUCUAUUUUUAUUUGUAUUUUGUAAUUAAUUAAAGAUAAUCGCAUUAUAGUGUAUUGUGGCUGCGGCCAUAACAUGCUUUCUUAUGUCGGGAAUAGCUAAAACGUCAGUUUUGGUCGAGGAGGGUGGAAAUCAGUGUAGAAAACGUUCUAAUUUAAGUGCCAGCAGCGAUCAGUGUAGCAAAAGAUCAAAAUUGGACGAUAUGAGUUCUAAUGAAAAGAAAUCUAACUUCUCAAUGCUCAAUCCCAAUAUUAAUGGCACUAUCAAAAUGACAACGUCGUCCAUGAAUAAACCUGGCGCAACAACAAAGAAACUAGUUAUUAAAAACUUUAAAAGUAAACCGAACCUUCCGGAAAAUUAUCAAGAAACAACAUGGAGCAAAUUACGAGAGGCUGUUAUAGCUAUACAAACGUCGAAGGCAAUCGCCUAUUCCUUAGAAGAAUUAUAUCAAGCAGUUGAAAAUAUGUGUAGCCAUAAGAUGGCGUCUCAAUUGUAUGUUAAUUUGACAAACUUAGUGGAGGCCCACGUGAAAUCAAACAUUGAGCAGUUCCUGUCGGAGAGCAUGGAUCGCCAAGUGUUUCUCAAACGUAUGGACGACUGUUGGCGGGCUCACUGUCGACAAAUGAUCAUGAUCAGGAGCAUCUUCCUGUACCUGGACCGGACUUAUGUUCUCCAAAACCCUAGCAUACAUUCUAUAUGGGACAUGGGUCUAGAUCUGUUUCGGCAUCAUAUAGCUAUGAACACUCUGAUACAGACUCGCACUGUUGAUGGACUGUUGACAUUGAUAGAACGGGAAAGAGGGGGAGAUGCCGUGGACAUCUCCUUGCUGAAGAGUUUAUUGAGGAUGCUGUCCGACCUUCAGAUAUACCAGGAUGCCUUUGAACACAAAUUCCUGCAGGCCACAGAGCGUCUGUACUGCGCGGAGGGCCAGCGUCUGAUGCGGGAGUUAGCAGUGCCGCAGUAUCUGGCACACGUGGAGAAGAGACUCAGGGAGGAGAACGAGCGGCUCCUGCACUAUCUGGACCCCUGUACCAAAUGGCAGCUCAUCCAUACGGUGGAGCGUCAGUUGUUGAGCGAGCAUGUCAGCGGUGUACUCAGUAAGGGACUCGAGUCGCUAAUGGACGGGCCGCGCCUCAGAGACCUCGCCACCCUAUACUCACUGUUCAGCCGAGUCAAGGACGGACUCACUGAGCUGUGUAACCACUUUAAUGCGUACAUCAAGAAAAAAGGUCGUACCAUAGUCAUCGAGCCGGAGCGUGACAAGACGAUGGUAGCGGAACUGUUGGAAUUCAAAGAGCAGCUGGACAAUGUUGUGAGCACGUGCUUCCAGAGGAACGACCGGUUCCUGUACUCCAUGAGAGAGGCCUUCGAGCACUUCAUCAACCAGAGACAGAAUAAACCGGCUGAGCUCAUUGCCAAAUUCGUCGAUCUCAAACUGAGAGCCGGCAACAAAGAGGCGACGGAGGAAGAAUUAGAAAGACUGCUGGACAAAAUAAUGGUUCUGUUCCGUUUCAUACACGGGAAGGAUGUGUUCGAGGCAUUCUACAAGAAGGAUCUAGCAAAGAGGUUGUUGGUGGGCAAGUCGGCCUCCGUGGACGCGGAGAAGUCCAUGUUAAGCAAACUGAAGCAGGAGUGUGGAGGGGGCUUCACCUGCAAGUUAGAAGGCAUGUUCAAAGACAUGGAACUGUCAAAGGAUAUUAAUAUUACGUACAAGCAGCAUCUAUCAGCGACCAGCGAGGGCGGGGGGCUCGAGCUGUCCGUGUACAUCCUGACCAUGGGUUUCUGGCCGACGUACGCGGCCGUGGAUGUGCGGCUGCCGGGGGAACUCACCCGCCACCAGGAACACUUCGCCAAAUUCUACCUCGCCAAGCACUCCGGCAGGAAGCUACAGUGGCAGGCGACGCUGGGACACUGUGUACUGAGAGCGCACUUCACACAGGGUAACAAAGAACUGCAAGUCUCGUUGUUCCAAGCGCUGGUUCUGUUACUCUUCAAUGAUGGAGACAAUCUCUCCUUUGAAGACAUCAAGACUGCCACUAACAUCGAGGAGGGGGAGCUGCGCCGCACUCUCCAGUCGCUGGCUUGUGGUAAGGCGCGCGUGCUGAUGAAGACCCCUCGGGGGAGGGACGUGCAGGACCGGGAUCACUUCGCCUUCAACGGGGACUUCACCAACAAACUGUUCCGCAUCAAGAUCAACCAGAUACAGAUGAAGGAGACUAGCGAGGAACAGAAGGCCACCGAGGAGCGAGUGUUCCAAGAUCGUCAGUACCAGAUAGACGCGGCCAUUGUGCGCGUCAUGAAGAUGAGGAAGGCUCUCUCACACAACCUCCUCAUAUCCGAACUAUACAACCAGCUCAAAUUUCCCGUCAAGCCGGGGGACCUCAAGAAGCGGAUAGAGUCCCUCAUCGACCGCGACUACAUGGAGCGAGACAAGGACAACCCCAACCAGUACAACUACGUCGCGUAAUGAAGCCCGCCGCGAGCCGCCCGCCGCAGCCGCCCGCCGCCGACAGCUCUAUAUAAGUGUUACGUUCUGUUGACUUGCCGACACCACGCGAGCUUGUUUCCCUACAUCGCCUCGGCUCCGUCGAGCGUUUCGCUGUUAUGAUAUUAAAUAAAUUUUUAGCAUCGCAGUAACAACACAAUAUUUUGAUUUACGAUCUGUAGUGUUCCGUACUGUCGGCCGCGCCGUCCGCGGCACAGGUCUAUAUUACUGGACGUCGAGCGGUUCCGAAUAUUGUAAUUGUAUACAGUUAUAUAUUUAUAUGGUUAAGUCUAGGAAUUCUAAAAGUAAACUACGGAGUGACAGACGCCUUCCAUAAAAGAUAGACACAAUCAUCACUGCAUCAUGGUGUUCAUACGGCGGCAAUAACCACUAUUAAAAUGUACUAGAGAUAGAAAAUAUUGCGAAGUGCGGAGUCCUCAACCGGUUAGCUGGACACUCGCGUCUGAAUGCGCGUGUUGUUGAACGUCCCUCCCGGAGGCCGGACCGUGCAGGGGACGCGACUGGCCUGCCGCCAUGCCACUGUUUGUACAUUUUGUAUUUAUAGUUUUGCUCGGAGUCUGUAACCAACGAAUCGACGGUCGCAGUACUCUGUGACGGUGAGGCUGUGUUCACACCGGGAGGGAUCACCAAUAAAACUAUUUAUAAUUUUCUAA